AUGGAGCCCAGCAACGACGAGAUGCGGCGGAUACAAGAGCAGUUUGCCAUGCUGGAUUUCAAUGGCUCCGGCAAGAUCGAACGGGAGGAGCUGCAGGAGCUGCUGACCUUCCUUGGGCUGGAUCCCCAGGAUGGGCAGCUGGACACCCUCUGGACCGUCUUAGACACAGACGAAGAUGGCCUCAUCAGCUUUCAGGAGUUCCUGGACUUUGUUUUCAGCACCGGGGACGUGUCCUUCUUCACGCCCACCGAGCUGGAGAUGGUCCGGGAGUUCUCGAGGAGGCGGAAGUCCAGCCGUGAGAGCCUGGAAGCGGCCGCCCUCGCCAGGCCACAGAACCGCGGAUACACGCUGAGUCUCAAAUUGGAGCCCGGCGUUCUUGCGGCCUCCCUGGAAGAGGUCGCUCGGCUUCAGAAGCGCGUGGGGGAGCUGGAGGCGGAUGCUCAGAAGCGUGAGAAGGCUGGGAGUCUGGGAGGAUUUGGGUUCCGUCCCAAAACGCUUGUUUAUGUGGCUGACAACGGGGCGUUGAAUCAUGAGAUAUAG